CAGCUGCUCACGUCUGCUGGCCGGCCCCAAGAGGGCGGCCCCCCGGAGAGGGCUCUGCACUUCCGCGCGGGAGGCUGGCAGCGAUUGGCCAGGGCUGGCGGCAAGAUGGCGGCUAACGCCACCACUAACCCGUCGCAGCUCCUGCCACUCGAACUUGUGGAUAAAUGUAUAGGCUCUCGCAUUCAUAUCGUGAUGAAGAGUGAUAAAGAAAUUGUUGGAACGCUUCUAGGAUUUGAUGAUUUUGUCAAUAUGGUGUUAGAAGAUGUUACAGAAUUUGAGAUUACACCUGAGGGUAGAAGAAUCACGAAACUAGACCAGAUUUUGCUAAAUGGAAAUAACAUAACAAUGCUGGUUCCUGGAGGAGAAGGACCUGAAGUAUAAAUUUAAUACAGUUGUCAUCUAUGAAGACAUGUUAUGUAUAAUCUAAAUAGAGCUUUCUGGGGGUAUGGGUGAUUUAUUUUUUUUUAUUUGCAUCACUUGACAUUUGAUAAAAGACAAAUAUUUCCUCUUCAGGAAAGGUGCGUUGCUAAUGCUGACUUUGUAAGUUGAAAUCAUGACUUUCUUGUAAAGACGUACUAAUUUGUUCUGAAUAAAAGGCUUUUUUUU